CAUAAUUAUAUAUAUCAGAAAUUUUAUCGGUAACACGCCACGUGAAAUUUCAAAAGCAGUACGAUAACCCCUUUCAGUACCUCAAUGUAUUAGUACACGUGAAUGCAGGCCGGUUCUCACCGCGCAUGUCGGGGAAAAAAAUAGCUGAAUAGCGUGAUAGGUCUAGUAUUCAGCAGAAAAUCGCCAAGAAAAGGCUUUAGCAGGUAACCUUUUUAUUUUGGAAUGCCGGUUAACGUGAAUAUCCUUAAUUUGAUAUUGAUAAUUAGAGUUGUCACAGUCUUUUUCUUGCAAUUUUCCAUUCACUGUGCACAAAUAUGUACUUGUAUACACUAUCAGUUUAUGUAUAUGUAGAUCUAUACUUACAUAAGAUAUAAAGUUAUAGAUGUUGUAGAAUCAGUCUGUCACUCCGAUCCUACCUGAUAAUUAUAAUGUAUGAUUAACUUUGUGCAGUGAGUCUACAGGGUGGAUAUCUAAUUAUUUAUAUAUUAAUAAUAAUUUUAUAUUAUGUUGCAAUUUGAAUUACAUUUGUGAUUUUGAUUGGUAAUUUACAAUUUAAGUCUAAUACUUUAUAUGAAAUAUGUUUAUUCACCAAUCAUAUGUGCAUGUGAUUUUACUAUCGAUAUUGAGUAUUUUUAUAUUCAAUUUGGUGUUGAAGUGUAAGAAAAACACAUAUAGAUAUUAUGUAUGUUAAACUCAACAUUUUAAAGGAAAUGAAUCAGAAUACUGAAAUCAUCUUCCUUAUAACAUGUAUAAAGGACGCUUUUAAUGGUUUGAUGGUGUUUUAUUUGUCUAGUUAGAAAUGCCACCGUUACUACUUAGAUUUUCAGUGCAUUUAUCCUGUGACAUCACUCUGUUAUCAAUAUCCCCUUGUACUUAUAUAGGCCUUGAAAGUUUGUAGCGGAAAAGUAUAUCCCCUUGUGACCCUGUUUGACCUACAUUAUUAUCAAGAGUUUAGGACUAAACUAGGGUACAUAUCUUUUAAACUAAAACAAGGUGUGUGUUAUAAUUAAGUUAGAGCUAGAAACCCCUUCCCUAUUGGUCCAUAAGGUAAAAUACAGUUGUUAAAGGGACCGAUUUAAUAAUGAUUUCCCCCCAAAUUUUUGUUUUCGCUUUUAAUGAUCAAAAUCUAUUGUCUCGGGUAAUGUGUUUAAAAGGUUUGACAAAAUAAUAAGGUUAAUAUACAUUAGGUAAAAUGUGUCAUUUAAAAGAUAAAAUUGUGAAUGCGGAAAAUUAUUAAGAUGCUUUUAAAUUACAAAAUUAACAUUUCACUGGUUUGUUUGUAAAAAAGACUGGAGUCUUUGUUUACGUAACACAGAGUUCAGGUUAAAAUAUUGUUCUUAUCCUAGCUUGCAUUCAGAUGGUAAAAAUUCUGGCUGUCAACAUAAAUGAGUUAUACUUUUUAUGUUUAAUAUCAAAACUGAAAAAUAUUUUUAUUCAAAGAACAUGAACCAGUUGAAGCAAGGUAGGGAACACGGUCCUCACAAGUUAGUCAUUUUAAAAAAACAAAACUACCAUAUACUUUGAAUUGGCUUUAGUUAAAUUUUAUGUUUUUAAAAAUACAUGAAAACAUGCUUUAGUGAAAAGCAGGGGACAUUAAUUUGGGUCUGUCAGUCAUUCUGUCUGUGACAUUAUAUCUUUGAAAGUCCUUAUGCUUUUGCCAUGACAUUUUAUCAACAACUCCCCAUGACUUGAAAAAUACCCCUAAGAAAUACAUUAUAUAGAAUGGUUUUCAGAUGAUUAAACUUGAGUUUUCUCCUUGACCUUUUGCAAUGACACUGUCACAUUCAAGGUAAUGAUUCUCUAUGAUAUAUAAGAAAGUUUAGAGAUCAAAAGGUGGAAGGUCAAGGUCACAAUUCAUAUAAAUAUUAUAUAGUUUUUAUUCUGUAAAACUAGCCCCCCCCCCCACUCUCUUCCUUACAAUUGGUAUGGUGUCAAAGCGUUUACUUGAAAGAUCAACAAGGGUUUGUAUUUUCAAAAGAACAAUAAUUAGGUUUAAACUAGCUGCAAUAAUGUAGCCCUCUCCGAUUUUUUUUCCAAAGUUAAACAAAAAGUUAAAAGUUUACAGCGUGCCAAUCGUCAUUGUAAUGAAAUUGAUGAAUAAGUUAAUGAAAACCUAUAAAGCAGAAAUUCGUUAUGAAAGUGGUGAAACAGUUCACAAAAACCAACAAACUGGACGUUGUUGUCUUUUUAAAAGUAAUUGUUAGUUAAAUCAGCGUGAGAAUUAUUUUAAUUUUUAAAAAUCUUUCAUUUAAAAUCAUGAUAAUUGACAUUAAACAACAGUAAAAUUUGUGAAUCGUAAUUCUUUCUUAAAUGCAUUUAUAAACAUAUUAGAUAACUGGUUUUAAUGAAAAGAUGUGUCUACUUUUUGUGAAUUUGUAUGGGGGUGGGGGGUUCAUGUGAAAUUGCUCUCACUACAUCUGCAUUUUUUAAAGGUAUUCCACCCACUUACUUUGUCCAUAAGUGGGGGACAUAAAUUCCUUGAAUUAGCUUGUUUCACAUAAUGAUAAUAUUGAAAAAAAAAAAUCCACAUGAUUGCAGAUUUUCUGGAAGAAUAAAGGGACAUAACUUUGUUAAAGGUCAAUGUAGACAUUAAUUGCACCUCCUGAUUUUUACAUGGAUCUGUUUUUUUUUUUUUACAUUAUUUGAUAAAUGGUGUAUAUCAUUCUUAUUUGUGAGAUUUGUUUGUUUAGCUAUAUUUACAUUUUUCCAAGAGAGAGUAUAUACUGAAACAGUAUUCAUUAUACCUGUCAUGGAAAUGUGUUCAUUGAGGGCAGCAUUUAGACCGUAACAAGAUCAGGCUUUGCUUUGAAGUUGGUGGUUGACGUGCAGAAUGAUAAUUCUUGUCAUGCUUUAGAGGACGUCUAACCCUAGCCAAAGAUAUAAGGAUCUGACUCUUUUAAAACUUAGAGAAUUCAUCAUACCAUCUACACAAAAUGUACAAACCACUUGAGUUACCUCCCUGCAGGAUCUGUGACGGGGAAGCCUCAGGGAUUCACUAUGGAGUCAAUACCUGUGAAGCAUGCAAGGCAUUUUUCCGGCGAGCAGUGAUGGAAAAAGAUAAGUACCAAUGUGCAAAAGAUAAAAAAUGUAAAAUCAUUGACAGAAAAAGAGGAAAUUGCUCAUACUGCCGACUUCAGAAAUGCCUUCAUUUUGGAAUGUCACGAGAUGCUAUGAGACAUGGAAGAUACACUGUGGCCAUUCGAACUAGAACCAUUCUUGAAGUGAAGCAAUUAAAGCAGAAAGCAGAAAAUGUGAGCAGACCAGUAAGUCCAGUGAUACAAGCAAUCCCUCACAAUAAUGAUUCUCCUAUCCCAAACAUUGAUGAUCUGGACAAUCUCAUCUCAGAGACAGCAGCCUCUCUCUCACAACAAGGGGAAGACAACUCUGCUUUAUCACCAGAAUUGGCUAGCAACAUGUCCAUUCAAAGUAUUUCUUCACAAUCAACAGACACCAGUGCAGAUUUUAUUUCAUCUCCAGCAGACUUCAUGACAUUGUCACCACAGUUGGACAGUUUUGCAGACUCUGACAUGACAUCACUAUUUGAAGAUUUAUCUGUCCCAUAUAUGCAAUCAGAGUCACAGUCAAUGCAGAUUAAGCUUGAGGAUUUUGCAGAUACUUUAUUAGAUCAACCAGAGACUUCCAUAGACUUUUUGGAAGAUAUGACUCUUACACUUGAAGACCAGUCUCCAGUGGUAGAAGAGACAAACAUUUCACCAGUUCCAUCAUCUACACGGAGAAGUGCCAGAAUAGCUGGAAAACGACGUUCUACGCUUACAGAAGUUAGAGCUGAUGAAGAUCCAUGGCUCUCUACAAUCGAUCCAGAUUUCUUUGUAGCAACAGAGAAUGUUGAAGUUCAUACAGCGAAAAAACAGAGGUCCAGUCAGACAGAGUUUGAGAUGAGUGUGGAUGAAAUGGAGCAGAUGAUCUGGACUCUUGUAUGGAGUCAGGAUCAAAUCUAUCCGGAAUACAUCAACUCCUUUGAUAAGGAUUACAUUAAGAAGCUGCAUAAUGAAUAUUCCGAGAAGUACAAUAUGAAGAACGAGUUCUUCGGCUUGAAGCAAAUGUUGUCACCAGAUGAAUUCAACAGCUUCUACCUGGCUACUGGUAUAGAUGUUGAUGGGAGAAUGGAAAUGAUAAAGAAAGCAAUUGAACAAAUGCAACAUGGUAUCAUCAAGUACAUCUCAUUUUCCAGAAUCAUACCAGGAUUUGAGGACCUACCAACAGAUGACAAACUAGCUCUCAUAAGAGCUGCGCGUUUUGAGUAUUGGUUGAUGGGUGAGCAUGUACACAUUAACACAGAGCUGAAGGUCAUUUAUUACCCAGACACCAAGGCUCAGCUUACCAGGGAUGACAUCGUCAUGAUCUUUGGUGAAUCUGAGGCAGUAGACCGAUGUAUUGAGUUUGCUGCCUCCUUGCAAAAACUGAAGUUAACAUAUGAGGAGGUUGCCGUCCUGAAGGCUAUAAUACUCACUUUCAGAGAUCGAGAGCCAUUACAAAAUCCAGAGAAGGUGGAGACAAUUCAGUGGAAGCUUGUACAGUGUCUAAAAUACCUGAUCCAUAAAUUCCAUAAGGAGGAGCCACAUCGCUUUUCUGCUUACAUGGACAGACUGGUCUCCAUGAGAGAACUUACAGAAAUUAAUAGGAAAGUCAAUGGCAGAAUGGAAAGUCUGCACUUGUCAAUAAUGAAGCGAUAUCCAUUGGUGUACGAGUGUAUAUCUCAUGAUGCACGAGAAACCAAGAAAGAUGAGGAAAAUCAUAAGGCUCAAAUUGACUUCUUCAAAUCAACAUGUGAGUGAUAAGAGCUGUGUGAAAGAGACCACUAAUUAUGUAAAUAUGAGAUUUGUGAUAGUUUACAUUUAUAGGUGUACAAUAUGUAUGUGCAGUUGACUUUUACAAUCAGUUUGCUAAUCAUGUUUAAAACAAAAUCUUGGAGUAAGUUUACUUGUAAAAUAAGGUAAAUUCAAAUACAUGUACUUUUAUAUAUUUAUUUAAUCAUAGACAAGUAUUAAAAGAUCCGCUUUUAAUCGCAAGACUUUUAUUUAUGGUUAGUUAAUCAAAAUUUAAUUAUUACAAUUAAGAGACCUUAAUUUUGUGUUAUUUGUUGACGUUAAUUUGUGCAAUAUCUUCAUUUGUGAAAAUUUCUUCAUGCUCAUACAUGCAAGUCUGCAGUUCUGAUUUUGCCAAAAUGAGGUCUUGCGAGAAUUUACGGAUUUUUUCUCUCACAAUAAUCAAUGGUGAGUGUAGAAGAUGUGUAGUGAUAUGUCUGGGGAAAAAAACCCACCAUUGUUUUAUUUUUUCAAAAGUUAAAGCUUUAUAUUCAAAGCUGAUGAACAAGUAAAUAAUCUACAAACUUUUGUUUACAAGUCAAAGGGUAAAUUGCUUAUUUUUAUUUGCUGUAGUACAUAUACGUAAUACAAUGUAACUGUAUAUAAUAAUGAAAAUUGUUACUUUUCUCAUUAUGACCACUACUGGUCCUUGAAUUAGAGUGUAUAUUCUACAUUGUAUUAGAAUGAAUAAGGAGAACUUCUUCCGGGAGUUUUUUUUUAAUGAAUUCUAGUGAUUUACAGUAUGCUGAAUCAGCUAUUUAUGAUUGAAUAUUUUGUCAUGAUGAGUCACAUUGUGAAAAUUUGUUUCACUUCAUCAUCAUUUGUUUUUCAUGAAUUAAGAAUUUUGAUUUCAAAUAUAUUUUAAUAGUUUGUAUUUAUGAUCUUUAAAAAAAUUUCAAAAUAGUUUCUAAAGUAUCUUACAUUAUAGUCAAACUUGUGAGAAUUAAAAACUUAAAAUACCAGAUUCAGUCAAAAUUUUCUGUGAUAAAAAAAGAAAACUCACCAGACACUGCAUGCAAAUUUUAAUUUGAGUCUUGUUGGUUUUAGAAAUCUCAGCUUCAUUUUUGUUUUAGGUAUAUUAACUAAUUAUUUCAUAUUUUGUGCAUUUAUCAACAUAAUUCAGUAUUCAAUUUCCAAAUCAAUGACGAUAAAUGGCAUUCAAAAUUUAGGAAAGAUGUGCAUGAUUGUAAUUGCAAAGAGUUUAAUGUGUAAUUUACAAAGUAUCUAAGCUGCCAUGUUGAAUAAAAACAAUAUAUUCAUGUUAUUUGUUAAGGAAAUAUAUUGUUUUUCAUAUUGCUGUGCCAUUUUUUUUAAAUGAUAAAGCAUCUAAUUUACAAAAAUGUGGAGAAAAAUUUGAUUUGUUGGGGCAUUUAAUGGGAUAUUUUAAGACAUUGUUGAAAUGUUGUUUUGCUAUAGUAUAUACAUAUUGUAAGUAACAGUUGUGUACAUAUUUUUUCUACAUUGUUUGUUGAAGGUUUCUGUUUUUGACCUGAUGCUCAAGAAGGCAUAGGUAACCGAUUUCUGUUUGUGUUAAUAAAAUAAAUAAAUUCA